GCGGAAAACAUCGAAAAUUAGUAUAUGCGUCUGUCCAACUGCAGCUGAAGAAAUUAGUAGAAUUUCGUUGCUAUCAUAUCGACGAAUUUGGGGAUAAGGUGACAGAGCUGUUUGGUCUCGAUAAUGUAUCGGCUGAUGCAAAUAGUCUCAAGGUUUCUACAUUUCAGAAUGAUCAUGAAUCAGCACAGAUAAUAAUCAAAGAGGAAAUUGAUUGUGAUACUGACAACGGUUCUGUCAACAACUUGGAUUCUCCGCAUUUUGCAGAUGAGGACAACGGUGUUUCUGCCGCCUGCAAAUCCAAAGUCACAAGAGGGAGAGGCGGGCUCUUCAGUUGCGCCAGCUGCUUGCCGCGGGCUCACCAGUCCGCCGGCCCUCCGCCGUCUCGGAGUCCGUCCUGCAGCCAGUAUCACUGUGCAGUGUUAAGAUGUGUUACCAAUGCCCGCAAGAUGCCAGGUGUCGUGUGUCACUCUUUCCCCAAAGACGAACACUUGCGGCGCGAGUGGAUCGCGAGGUGCAGGCGGCCCGACGUAAUCAACGUGAGAACUGCACGGGUGUGCUCUGUACAUUUUCGGCCAGAGGACUACGUACGAGAUUUGAGAAACGAACUUCUCGGAUUACCCUUGAGAAAGAAAUUAGUACCCACAGCAAUACCCAGUCUGAACAUUCCGAGGUGGGACGAAGGUGACAUUGUGGAAUGCAGGGAUAUGAGCAAACAGAAAGGAGGACGCAGAAGAAAGAAGCUACGUCGCUGUGAUUAUGAUGACAGUGACAACAACAAUGUGGAUGCUGUUGCACACAAAAUACCAGUGAACCCUCAGGAUGUGAUUGUAAAAGAGGAAAUAAUUGUAAAGAGAGAAGUUGAGUCUGAUUCUGAGGAAGUGGUGGACACAGGUAGACAACAGGAAUUUGAAUACUUGUCAGUCAGGGAGGAACCAUUUGAAGACCCUGACGAAUCCACAUUGUCAGCAAAUGAAGAGUCAUGUGAACAAGUGGGUCACGAUCAGGAACUGCCAGUUAUCAUCAAAGAAGAAAUUGACUGUGAUGAUUACACCGAUCCACUCAGCUUUUCAGAAGAGACCUGCUGGUAGUAGCGACUGUAGCACGGCAGACAGAUUGAGCUAGGCAGAAAAGACAGGUCAAUGCGAGGCCCCGGAGCUACACGAAGACGACGACCCGCAAAGUCCGGGAGCUACGUGAAGGAGACGUUUCGCCACUGACGUGAAGUCGAGUAGCGGUAACAGCUCGGAGAAUGACGUGUGCUGUUUCCGAGUGCUGCACCGGAAUCUCGUGAGCCGGAAGAGUACGAAACUCGAACGAUACGUCGUGAAGAGGGAAGAAGUAUUUGUAAUGCGUACCGAGCACGUGUCAAAGUGUCCUCGGACCCUAAACUGCCGCCGUCGUAAUCGGGCACGUACAGUCUCGCACACCUUUGGGGUGACAUGCCGAUUGUUAUUUGUAUUGUGAGAAAGCAAAUGUGCAGCUGCUAACAGUGGCAUGCUGGGAGCGUGUGGGGCCUCGCCAGCUCGUGCGAGAUGUCUGGCGUGGCGUUUAGAUUGCCUUACGUCGAAUGAUUCCCGGUGUAUAUAUUCUACUUAGUUGAGGGAGCUCUUUUGUUUCUAUUUUGGGAGAAGACUUUAGAAAAACCUCUGUAAGACUCCACACAUGGUGUGUGUAACUGGACAUUUGUCGUGAUAUGUAACUCACAGUCUCAUUGGCACAGUAACAUUCAUUAGAGACCAGUUUUCAAUGUUCAGCCUCCAGUUUUGAGUCUGCUGCUGCAGAAUGAAAGCCGAGGUUAAUGGUGCAACUUGCGAUCAAUUAAAUUGUACUGUGCAAGUAGCACUGUGAAUUGCAUACUGUACUGUGAACACGUGGCGUUGCCUUGUGCAGCCAUGGCAAAUAUUACCAGACUGUUGGUUGCAACAAGUUAAGUGAUGUCAUAGAAAUCUUCACAUAGAAAAGGGGCAUCAUACUUGUGUGUAUUGUGUGUCUGAUAAUAUCGCAGUAUGAGAAGUGUGUAAGCUUCUGAGGACUGUAAGUACCGACCAUGAAGCAUGUACUAUAGCAUUGUUACUCUUUGUUUUAAAUAUUUUAUAUAUGUGUAUAUACAUAUUUUUAGGUGGUCUUUUUAAUAUAUAAUUCUGUUUUUUUGGCAAUUUGGUAUCGAGCUUUGGAGGAAUACGGAGAGAACAGAUCGUGUGCUCUGCGCAACUUUUUUGGGCAUAUUCCAGUAUUCUUGUUCCUCUAAAUUUUUUACCUUUAUAGCUCCCUCUAGUACUAUAGAAGUUAUUCACUGUUGCCUUUACGUGCCCUAUUCAAAGAUGAAGUUUUGCCAGUGUUAAGAACUGAAUUUCUGAAGCUAAUAACCAUACAAUGGAUAUAAAAUUCACACCUCUUUCA